AUGUCUCGGCCGGCGCAGCGCGGAUCCGCCCUCCGCGGCGCAUCCUUCCUCAUCGUCCUCCAAGUCGCCUCGCGCCUCCUCACAUUCUUCGCCAACCAGCUCCUCCUGCGCUUUCUCACCGCGCCCCUCCUUGGCCUGUCCGCCCGCCUCGAAGCCUACUACCUCACCGUCCUCUUCUUCGCCAGGGAGAGCCUACGCGGGGAGCAGGGCCAAGCCGUCGUGAACCUGGGCUACCUAGCCGUCGUUCUCGGUGUCGUCGUCACCGCCGCUCUUGGCUCCUUUAUGCAAAUGUCCGCCGGCGCCGGCGCCGGCGCCGAGCGCUUCGACGACGCCCUGCGCCUGUACGCCCUCGCCGCCAUCUUGGAGCUCCUCUCCGAGCCUUGCUUCGUCCUCAUGCAGGUCCGCCUCCGCUUCGGCACUCGCGCCGCCGCCGAGUCCGCCGGCGCUCUCCUACGCUGCGCCGCCACCCUGGGCUCCGCCGUCUGGGCGAGCCGCGCUGGCCUGGAUUUCGGCGUUCUCCCCUUUGCCUUUGGCCAGCUUGCUUACGGCGCCACCCUACUCGUCAUCUACCUAGCAGCCGGAUACGGAGUCGCCUCCCGCGACGGCUUCUCCAUCCUUCCGCGCAAGAUCGCGCCAGCAGCCGCCCCCAAGGCGAACGCAGACAACCUCCAGCAUGAUGGCGCAGAGCGUCGUAAAACACUUCCUCACCCAGGGCGACACCUUUCUCGUCUCCGUCCUCUCCACCCCCACGCCCAGGGCAUCUACGCCCUCGUCAACAACUACGGCGGCCUCCUUGCUCGGCUCCUGUUCCAGCCCAUCGAGGAGAGCAGCCGGUCCUACUUUAGCCGCCUCCUCGCCGCCCCCGAGCCCGCACAAGCAUCAGACAAGCCCCAAGCCGACGGCCGCCCCGCCUCCGCCCCAACCACGCACGGCUCCUCUUCCGCGACCGCGUCGGGCAAGGCCUCCGCCGACCUCCACCGCCUGCUCAAGCUCUACGUCUUGGGCUCCGCCGCCGUCGUCACGUUUGGACCUCUGGCGGCCCGGCAUCUCUUGACCCUCGUCGCCGGACCGUCCUGGUCUGCCAGCGCCUCGCCCGCUCUCGCCGCCUACUGCUACUACAUCCCCCUACUAGCCAUCAACGGCGUCUCCGAGGCCUUUGUCGCCUCCGUCGCCACCGAAGCCCAGGUCCACGUUCAGAGUCUUUUCAUGGCUGGGUUCUCCGUCAUCUUUGGUCUUUCCGCCUUUGUUGCCCUGCGCGUCCUCGACAUGGAUCCUGCGGUCGGUCUAGUUUGCGCCAACGCAGCUAACAUGGUCUGCCGCAUCGUCUGGUGCGCCUUCUUUGUCAAGAGCUACUUCCGCCAAAGGGCCGUUAGUUUCGACCUCUUCAGCCUAGCACCUAGCGGCCUCAGUGUGGGCCUAUGCGCCGCGGCGCCCUACCUUGUCACGAAGGCAUUGCAACUAUCCGAGCAUAUCGUGCGCGGAGGCGCAUUCAUGUCACUCAUCGCUAUCGGUGCCGUGGCGGUUCCAUUUGUGGCUUUAUUGUAUGGCUCCUUUCCCUCCCUCAUCCCCUGUUCUCUCUUUCAGCGCCCAACACUUGCCACUGUAACGGGCCCAGCCAAGGCGCCAAAGAUGUAA